CCAUUGCAUAGAUCCAUAGACCUUUGGAACUUAUCAUAGCUGACGAGGGCCAUUUACAUCGCUGCAGUGAACGUCGGCCUGUUCUUCUCAAACUGUUGCAGAGACGUGACUAUCGAGCGCAGUGCUUGGAUGUUAAGAAACUGCUCGAAAGGCAGAGGUUCAAUUGGUCGGCUCAACCGCUGAUUGAGCUAUCAUGGCACAGGAGUUACCUAGGUCGUUUGACCUCUCGAAGGUCACAAUCCGUAACGCCCGAUCGGUGGAUGCGCGGCAGAUAUGGGAAUGGACGGAGUCUGUUCAAUGGAAUGAAGCCCUUCAAGAUAUACAGUUGUACUGCGAUGUACUAUCAGACGGGUUUCUCGUUGCAGAGUUCGACGGGAAAAUGAUAGGAUGCAUCUUUUACGUGCAUAUUGGUGGCGAGCAGACGUUUGGCGGGUUUGCACUUGUAGAUGAAGCCCUCAGAGGGAAAGGGACAGGUCUGAAACUUUUCAAGGAACGUUCCCGCCGGAUCGGCGAAAGAAACUUCGGCAUCAACGCUGUAGCAGAGAGGGUCCAGCCAAAUAUCAAGAUGGGGUAUAAACACACCACUUGGAAAAUCAAAUACUACCACGGGACAUUCUCAUUCGCCCUGAAGCCGAACAAUCCGGGAAUAAUUCAGAUAUGUGGACUGUCCGACAAGAUAUUUGACCAGGUUCUUGAAUAUGAUAAAGGGGUGCAUGUGUUCCCGCGGGAGAAAUUCCUACGGGCGUGGCUUGGGAGGAGGAAUGUGACAACUCAUGUUGCAUUCGUUGAUGGGAAAGUUGUGGGGUAUGGAUUACUUAGUUCUGCCACCAAGGGCUACCGUCUUGCCCCACUCUAUGCCGACACGCAGGAUGCUGCGCUGAUCUUGAUUGAAAGUUUGGUGAAGUUGCUUCCGACCGGAAGUGAUGUGGCACUCUACGUACCGGAAGAUAACAGAGACGCUAUGGAGAUUGUGCAAUCGGAAAACAUGGUGCUAGCCCUUGACCCCAUCGUUCGUCAGUAUACGAAAUGGGAUGUCGAGUUGCCGUUGCAAAAGGUUUACGGGGUAUCCAACCUGGACACGACCAUGUUGUAGAUCCAUAGUCCCCGCGUCCCAUGUUUUGUGUGCGGCAAUCGAAGGACAUUACCAAGUUUUGAGUCAUCAGCAACGGAUUCCACUACACCCUGUCGCGGCCUGCAAUAUGCAUAUACCAUGUAUAAUAUGUUGUAGAGUAGUAUCGUGGUACUUUUAUACCCAAUGUAUUUUGCAAUAAUUACUGUGAAAUAAAUUCAGGGGACUGCGCCCAUCAAUCUUGUUCCCAAGUCGUCACUCUAACGUCUAGAAUGCCUCACUUUACCCUAUAUAGGAAAGAGGUGAUUCUGGCAUAAAGAUCCCAACAAAAGCGAGACUGACGCCAGGCUAAACGAAACUUAAAGCGAACUGGAACCGCCAAGCCAGUUCGUAUGACCUCGUUUUCAUUCCCGCGUAUCGGGUGAUCAGAGCGAGGCAUGAAUGAAACAUGGCGCCUAGCUGUCAAUCAUUCAGUGACGUCACUACUAUGGAAUUUACUACAAAAAUUCAUGAAUGAAAGAUCGCAUGACUCACGUGAUUCUCACAUGAUUCUCAAUAAUAACAAAUUGAACUGCGCAUGCUCGGGCACUGGGGGCGGAGCUACAAAUCUGAACUCGACUUUCUCGGGCGGUCAAAGUCGAAAAGUUGAAUAAAUCGCUCGGCGGUUCCAGUUCGCUUUAACUGUACUGAUAGCUAAUGAUAUUUCGCAGAAUGGAAAACAACCUUCAACAAUAGCGAACGAGGUUUCAUUCUUCCAUUCUGCCAAAUAGGGUCUGGCCUCUUCUGACGUCAGGAUGAACAGAAAUCAAGAAUACACGCAGAUAGUUCUCUGACACUUUAUUGAGUCAUGUACAAGAUGAAUACACUAUGGUAUUCCAAAUCAAAAAUAGUGUUUUACACAUUUCAUGAAA